GCGGCUACCUGCAGAAGCUGUCCGGCAAGGGCCCGCUGCGCGGCUACCGCAGCCGCUGGUUCGUGUUCGACGCGCGACGCUGCUACCUCUACUACUUCAAGAGCCCGCAGGACGCGAUACCCCUCGGCCACCUGGACAUCGCGGACGCCUGCUUCAGCUACCAGGGCCCCGACGAAGCGGCGGAGCCCGGCGCCGAGCCGCCAGCUCACUUCCAGGUGCACAGCGCGGGAGCCGUCACGGUGCUCAAGGCUCCUAAUCGUCAACUCAUGACUUACUGGUUACAGGAGCUUCAGCAGAAGAGAUGGGAGUAUUGCAACAGUCUUGACAUGGUAAAGUGGGACAGCAGGACCUCCCCAACUCCUGGGGAUUUUUCUAAGGGUCUCGUAGCCAGAGAUAACACAGAUUUAAUUUACCCACAACCAAAUGCUUCUGCAGAAAAAGCCAGAAAUGUCCUAGCAGUGGAAACUGUCCCUGGAGAGCUGGUGGGAGAACAAGCUGCAAGUCAGCCAGCCCCAGGGCAUCCAAAUUCCAUUAAUUUCUCUUUGAAACAGUGGGGCACUGAGCUCAAAAAUUCAAUGUCUUCUUUACGUCCUGGGAGAGGGCAUAAUGAUAGUCGGAAGAGUGUGUUUUAUACCAAUGAAGAGUGGGAGCUUUUAGACCCAAGCCCUAAGGACCUGGAGGAGUCUGUGGUACAGGAAGAAAGGAAGAAGCCAGUCCCUGAAGGAAACAAAGGAGUGACUGGCUCAGGAUUUCCCUUUGAUUUUGGACGCAUUCCCUACAAAGGAAAGCGCCCUUUGAAAGACAUGAUUGGAUCGUACAAAAAUCGUCACAGUAGUGGUGACCCAUCAGCCGAGGGGACAUCGGGUAGUGGUGGCACCAGCAAGCCUUUCUCCGAAAUGCAGCUGCAGGUCCAGAGCCAGCAGGAAGAGCUGGACCGGUUAAAGAAAGACCUGUCGAGUCAGAAGGAGCUCGUGCGGCUGCUGCAGCAGACAGUGCGCUCAUCGCAGUACGACAAGUACUUCACGAGCAGCCGACUCUGUGAGGGGAUCCCAAAGGACACACUUGAGCUUCUACACCAAAAGGAUGACCAGAUUCUGGGCCUCACCAGCCAGCUUGAGAGGUUCAGCCUGGAAAAAGAGAGUCUUCAGCAGGAAGUGAGAACUCUGAAGAGCAAAGUGGGUGAGCUCAAUGAGCAGCUGGGGAUGCUGAUGGAGACCAUCCAAGCCAAGGACGAGGUCAUCAUAAAGCUCUCGCGGCAGCUCAGCGAGUGCGAGGGCAGUGUGGCUUCUCCCAGCUCGGCGCCCAGCUCCCCCUCUGCCGCCCCUACGGGCAGGGACCAGCUGGAACUGGACAGGCUGAAAGAUAAUCUACAGGGAUACAAAACCCAAAAUAAACUUCUAAAUAGGGAAAUUUUUGAACUCUCAGCUCUACGGAGAAAUGCAGAAAGGAGAGAGAGGGAUCUGAUGGCAAAGUAUUCUAGCCUGGAAGCCAAGCUCUGCCAGAUAGAAAGCAAAUACUUGAUAUUGCUCCAAGAAAUGAAGACACCAGUUUGCUCAGAAGACCAGGGGCCUGCUCGGGAUGUCAUAGCCCAGUUGCUGGAGGAUGCUCUGCAGGUUGAGAGCCCAGAGCAGCCAGAGCAAGCAUUUGUUAAACCUCAUCUUGUCAGUGAAUAUGAUAUUUAUGGGUUUAAGACUGUCCCAGAGGAUGACGAGGAAGAGAAGUUAGUUGCCAAAGUCCGAGCAUUGGACCUGAAGACUCUCUACCUCACAGAAAACCAGGAGGUUUCCACUGGGGUCAAGUGGGAAAACUAUUUUGCUAGCACAAUGAACAGGGAGAUGAUGUGCUCUCCAGAAUUAAAGAACCUGAUCCGUGCAGGCAUUCCACAUGAGCACCGUUCCAAGGUAUGGAAGUGGUGUGUGGACCUUCACACCAGGAAGUUCAAGGACACCACUGAGCCUGGUUACUUCCAGACCUUGCUUCAGAAGGCGCUGGAGAAGCAGAACCCGGCCUCCAAGCAGAUCGAGCUAGACCUGCUGCGGACUCUCCCCAACAACAAACAUUACUCAUGCCCCACCUCGGAAGGCAUACAGAAGUUACGCAGCGUCCUGCUUGCCUUCUCCUGGCGGAAUCCAGAUAUCGGCUACUGCCAAGGUCUGAACAGAUUGGUGGCGGUGGCCCUCCUGUACCUGGAACAAGAAGAUGCUUUCUGGUGUCUAGUUACCAUAGUGGAAGUUUUCAUGCCUCGAGACUAUUACACAAAGACUCUUUUAGGAUCUCAGGUGGACCAGCGAGUGUUCAGAGACCUCAUGAGUGAGAAGCUGCCACGACUGCACGCCCACUUUGAACAGUACAAAGUUGACUACACCCUCAUCACGUUCAACUGGUUUCUGGUGGUGUUUGUGGAUAGUGUCGUUAGUGACAUCCUCUUUAAAAUAUGGGACUCUUUCCUUUAUGAGGGACCAAAGGUUAUUUUCCGUUUUGCCCUGGCACUUUUUAAAUACAAGGAAGAGGAGAUCCUGAAAUUGCAAGAUUCAAUGUCUAUCUUCAAGUAUCUCCGUUACUUCACUCGCACUAUUCUUGAUGCUAGGAAGCUGAUCAGUAUCUCCUUUGGGGACCUGAACCCAUUCCCCCUGCGCCAGAUCCGGAACCGGCGCACCUACCACUUGGAGAAAGUCCGGUUGGAGCUGACAGAACUGGAGGCCAUCCGGGAGGACUUCCUGCGUGAACGGGACACCAGCCCUGACAAGGGUGAGCUGGUCAGCGAUGAAGAGGAGGACACCUGAUGGCCCCCUGCCCACACUGCUGCUCUUCUUGCCUUCACAACCAAAGUGUGCCAAAGGGCGAACUGCAGAGAUGUCUUUGCUCAUUUAAAAGCCAGAAUGUAACACUCGUGGCCUCUGGAAAUCUGCUGGGCAGAUGUCCAGGUCACACUGCACUUUCUCCUUUCCACCCGGGGGGAGUCUGUUUACAGCCAUCGGCAGGCCAUGGCAUUUGGUCACACAUAUCCCCGUCGUGCUUUCUGACUGAUGCUGCAUCAUCAGGCUUGCGGUUCACUAUUUUCAGGAGCCUGUUUAUAGCACGUCAGUCACGUUGGUCUUUGCCUUUAGAAACCCUUACGUGGGCCGUCUCCCCGUGUUGUUUCCUGUAUAGUAGGCAGUUGUGGGCAUCUUUUGAUUGGUGGCACUGUGGAGGAUGCCCACUGCACUCAGACACUCCUAGGCCAGAGUGUGGCUGCUUCAGGUGGCAGGAGGUUGGUGUGAAAAGAGAGACUUCCUUAGGAAAGCAGGUAUAUCCCUUUUCGGGAAAGGCCUAAAGAAAGCCUACAAACCUUCUGCUGGUGGCUCCAAGCUGCCAGCCAUGCCGUUUCUGGAAUAGCUUUUGCCCUUUCACGCAACCUUUCAAACAGUGGCUCCCAACCUGCUUGGGGAGGGCCUGGCUCUCCAGACACCCCACACUCGCUUCUCUUCACCAGCUGGUGCUGGCAGAUUGUUGAGCAGUUCUGCUCCCCACCUGGCACGGCUCCGUGAGGUUCUGUGGAAAGCUCUUCUUUCCAUCCGAUAGUUGACUCUUAGAAUCAUUCUCCACGUCUAGAUGGGGUGGGAUUCCAAGGAAACUGUGGAUCAUCAUCCUGCAAAGCAGGCCCACCCCUGGGCAGGCCUUGGUUGAGGGGACAGAGAGCUUUUCUAGGGGUGCUUUGCAGGGCAGCAGUGCAGCUCUCGAGUGACCGCAGUGGAGCAGCCAGAAACCAUGGCUUUCUCAGGAA